GGCCCUCUCCCCGCUCCACCGCCAUGGCGUCCAUCACCCUGCUCGCCCUCGCUCCCGCCGCCGCCUUCCUCCACCUCCCGGCCUCCACCACGUCCUCCUCCUCCCACUUCGCCGCCAUUCCCCGCUGCCUCACCGGCCGGCGGGCCCUCCCCCUCCGCGCGCGCGUCACCGUCGUGUGCACCGCCGCGGCUGCGGCCGAGGCGGCGCCCGUGGAGAAGUUCGCCCUCGACAACCUGAGCCCGCAGAAGGGGUCCCGCCGGAAGCCGAAGCGGAAGGGGCGCGGUAUCUCGGCGGGGCAGGGCGCCAGCUGCGGGUUCGGUAUGCGCGGCCAGAAGUCGCGCUCGGGACCCGGCGUCCGCAGAGGAUUCGAGGGCGGGCAAAUGCCGCUCUACCGCCGUCUGCCUAAGCUCCGCGGAAUUGCCGGCGGAAUGCACAUUGGGUUGCCAAAGUACGUGCCGUUCAAUUUGAGAGACAUAGCGCUGGGUGGGUUCAAGGAUGGUGAGGAGAUCUCGUUGGAGUCAUUGAAAUCCAAGGGUUUGAUCAACCCAUCUGGCAGAGAAAGAAAGCUUCCACUGAAGAUCUUAGGAGAUGGUGAUGUAUCAGUCAAGUUGAACAUCAAGGCUGGGGCAUUCUCCUCCUCGGCCAAGGAGAAACUCGAGGCAGCUGGCUGUACUUUAACAGUGUUGCCCAAGCGGAAGAAAUGGCUACCAGCAGCUUACGUGAAGAACCAAGCACGUGCUGAAGAGUACUUCAAAAAGAAAAACGGCGGUGCUGGUGAACCUGACACGACCUCCACAUAGAGUUCAUUACACACUGUACUUCUCUACCCUUCUCUUUAGCAUAUGUCUAUUGCUCCAUCUCAUCCCAAACUUUCCAUGUACCAUGGAUUUUGUAUUUAUGUCAUAAGAAAGUAUUUUUGUGCCAUCUUUUGUAGAGUCUUGUCAUGCAUGGUCCCUA